AUGUUUGAAACCUCCAACUACAAUUCAUCGUGCGCUAACUCCACAGUGUGGCAAGUAGGCGAUGCCGAUCCGGCUACAGGUUUACCAUUAAUAACUAUUGGAGGUGCUCUAGGUAAUCCAAGUUGUGACACUGUUGGGAACUGGUUCAAGAUUGAGAGGGGUUUUAGUGACACAAACCACAGGUUGGUGUGGCAUCCAAACGAUGUGUGCAACUCGACUACUAGGGUUCAUGAGCUGAUCGUAAUUGAUUCGCCGUUUAGAAGAACAAAACGCAUGGUUCGGUCGAACGGCAAGCACCAAUAUCUUGUGAGUUUUGCAAGAGUAUUUCGGGAAGGCCCGUAG